AAAGACAUGUAAAUCAGCCAAUUGCUGCAUAUACAUAAACACUGGGCGUGGCCUCACUGGCCUGCAAACACCUCGCAUAUUGCAUGGAGGGUGUACUGCUGCCUGCAGCAUAGUGAGAAAAACCAAGAUGACACAUACCGAGGUAAAAUCACUGGAUGUGAUUCUUGACAACAAGCAGAGAGUUGGUUACUGCUCUGGUGAAGUAGUGUCUGGACAUGUUUCUCUCAAACUCUCGGAAGCCACCACAGUCAAAACCAUAAACGUAUUACUGAAGGGAUAUGCUCAGGUGAGUUGGAUGCAUAAACGAUCCCGCUGUUCCGAAGAGAAGAAAUGCCUCUCUUUAUCCAAGACCCUUGUUCCAACAACAGGUCCCCAAAACCUAAUCCUUGAUAGUGGCACAUAUGAGAUCCCUUUUGAUCUGAAACUACCUCAAAGUCCUUUGGUUUCUUCUUUCUCUGGAAAACAUGGUCGUGUUUACUACAUGGUGCAGGCAGUUUUAAAAAGGCCAUGCCAUGAGAGUCAAUGUGUUUGCAGAGAACUUUGCAUCAUCAGUCAUAUUGAUGUCAAUGUGCCAACAUUAAUCGUGAAUUUGCCCAAGUGA